GGCCGCGGCCCGGCGAUGGGGCGGCAGCCGGCGGGGCAGGGGGGUCGCGCCCGGGGCUGUCAGGUACCGCUGUCCCCCGGCCCUGCGGGCCCGCGGCCGGGGCAGCUCGGCCGGGCCCCCUCCGGCUCUCGGCCAGCGGGGGCAGGGGAGCUCCCCGGGGGCCCGGGGCCCUGGGAGGGAGGCGGCCGUGUGUCGCCCCCCCCGCCGGGCCCGCGGCUGCCCCUCGAGCCCUUCCCCCGAACUCUCCCGGGGUGCCCUGCCAGCCCCCCCAUCCCUCCCGACGGCUUCUCGCCUCUGUCGACAGAGAAAGAGACAAGCACGCCUAAGAAGAAGGAAAGCAAAGUCAGCAUGAGUAAAAACUCUAAACUGCUAUCUACCAGUGCCAAGAGGAUUCAGAAGGAAUUGGCUGACAUCACCUUAGAUCCACCUCCCAACUGCAGUGCUGGCCCCAAAGGUGAUAACAUCUAUGAAUGGAGAUCAACCAUUCUAGGACCUCCAGGUUCAGUCUAUGAGGGAGGUGUUUUCUUCCUUGACAUCACAUUUACCCCCGAAUAUCCCUUCAAGCCUCCAAAGGUAACGUUCCGGACAAGGAUCUAUCACUGCAACAUUAACAGCCAAGGCGUCAUCUGCCUGGACAUUUUAAAAGACAACUGGAGUCCAGCGUUAACCAUUUCUAAAGUUCUCCUCUCCAUCUGCUCCCUCCUCACAGACUGUAACCCCGCUGACCCCCUGGUUGGAAGCAUUGCCACUCAGUAUAUGACUAACAGAGCAGAGCAUGACAGAAUGGCCAGACAAUGGACCAAAAGAUACGCUACAUAAAUUGGAUUUUCGUCAAACUCUUACAUUAUUUGUCUGUGAUGGAAAGAGCUGCUUAUGAUUUUGAAGGGGUGGGGGGUGGGAGGGUGCUGGUAAAGAGUAGGGUAUUUCUAUAACAGAUUUUAUUCAGUCUUUUAUUUCCUAAGAUUUUGUUGUUGUAACUUAAGGUAUCUUGCUACAGUAGACAGCUAGGAUUCGGAAUAGCAUACUUUAAGACUGUAAUUAGUUCAGCAAUAUUAGCUCACAUAUAGUACCGAGAAGAAUGUAAACUUCUUAGACUUCUUUGGUUUUCAGUUUGCUUGCAAUAUGUAAAAGAUUAAAACAGCUUAAUUUUGUACAGGUACAUAGGUUGACAUUUAUGUAAAACUCCUUUCAAGACUCUACACACUGUUUUUGCUUUUUGUUUGUUUGGGUUUGAGGGAUUUAUUUUGUUCUGGGUUGAGUUUCCUUUUUUCUUUUGUUUUUUUGGUUUUUUUUUUUUUUUUUUUUUUUGUAAAAAGAUGUUGAGAUUGUUUUUCCCUAUGGAGGGCACAUUGGUAUUUAACAAAUCCUUUUUAAAGACUGUCAUCUCAUGAUCUGUGAUAUGGAGAGGUAGAUAUAUGGCCUCAUAUAUGAAAUGAGAAGUAGUUAAUGUAUUAUUUUAUAAACCAAUCUAUCUUUGUGAAAAGAAUAAAGGGUUUAAUCAGGACUUAUAGUAACCUGUAGUGAAAUACCUUAAGCUGUUUAACUGUAAGGUGUGGAAUAGGAGUCACUCAGUGGAUUGGUUGUAUGUUGUGGGCUACUUAAGUCUGCAUUUGUUACUGUGCUAAUAAAAAGAUGUUUAAAAAAAAAAAAGGAAGAAAAGAU